AAAUCUAAACUUCCCUGCUUUUUAAUCCUCAGAAGAAAAGCUUGCAACAUCUAUUACCAAAAACUAAUCAGAUAUCAAUCACUAAUCCUCGUCUCUUGCUCUCUUAUUACAAAACCUUUUGCCAUAAAAAUUGUAUAUUUACACCCAAAAAAUGGCCAGCCCAAGAUUCAAAAUUAUGUUCUUGAUCCUUCCAACACUCGUCUUUCUCAUGGCAGCCCAAGCCAAUGCCUUACUGCCAUACACAAGGCCAUCUUUAUUUGACAUUAUGAUGCCAGCAGAGGAUCCAUUUAGAAUUCUUGAACAAACUCCACUUACAAUCCCAAAAGGAGUGGAAUCAUCACUUGCACUGGCAAGAGCAGAUUGGAAAGAGACACCAUCAGCGCAUGUAAUAUCCUUGGACAUUCCAGGGAUCAAGAAAGAUGAUGUUAAAAUAGAGGUGGAAGAGAAUAGGAUGCUGAGGAUAAGCGGGGAGAGGAAAGGUGAUGAAGAGAUUGAAGGGGAGAAAUGGCACAGAGUUGAAAGGACUAAUGGUAAGUUCUGGAGGCAAUUUAGAUUGCCUAACAAUGUUGAUUUGGAUCAUAUUAAGGCUCAUCUUGAAGAUGGAGUGUUGAGAGUUAAUGUGCCUAAGUUUGCUGAAGAGCAGAAAAGGCAGCCUAAGGUUAUUAACAUUGUUGAUCAAGGUUCUUCUGGUCAGGAUAUCAAGACUGUGAAGUCUGAGAUGUGAUGUGAUGUCCUGGGGUGUUCUUUUUAUCAGUGUGUUAAGGAUUAAUGGUCUUUGUUAAUUGUGGUGUGUUUUGCACAUUAAUAAUAUCUGUAAUAAGAGGAGCUAGGAGCAAAGCAUGAUGUGCUUAGUUCUAUUUGUAUAGAACUGUUUGUGUUUUCUUUGAUCUAACUGCAAUAAAAUUAAUAAAAUUCUGGUGAUUUCUAUUUGCA